AUGGAUACAAAAAUAAAUAAUUUAUACGAAAUAGUAAAUAAAAUAAAUGGUUUAAAAUUAUUAAAAAAUAAAGAAGAGAAUUAUUUAGAUAUUGAAAAAAUAAAUAAUAAUAAUAAAAAUAAAAAUAAAAAUAAAAAUAAUAAUAAAAAUAAAAACAAAAAUAAAAAAAAAAAUAAAAUUAGUAAUAUAAAUAAUGAUAAUAAUUCAAUAUCUUCAUUCGAAUUAUUGUUUUGGAGGGUUUUUAGAAAUUCAUUUUUAUUUGAUAAAAUAGUAAAUCAUUUAGAAUCAACAGAAAAAGUUAUAGAAGAAGAAAAUAAAAUAAAUUCAUAUAAAAGUAAAUACAAGUUUAGAGAGAUUAAAAAUUUAGCGUUCAUUGUAGAGAACGAACUGUGGGGUUUGCUUAAAGAUAAAUUAAUCAGUGACCAAUAUAUCCAUUUUGAUAAAUCGUCAAUAUCAUUAUUUAUUCAGUACUGCGAAGAUGUGGGUUUAAUAAAGUUGCUCUACGAGAAGAGAAUGUUGCAAGUAUCAAUGGUCGAUAUGGUUUAUGUUUCAGCUAAAAAUAAUAAUUUAAAAUCAUUGAAAUUGUUUUUAGAUCAUUUUAAAUUACCAAUCUAUCCAUCUACAUUAGAUUAUGCUAUAUCGGGUUCAUCCUUCGAAAUAUUUCAACUCUUAAUUAAUACUCUAAAAGAGAGAAACCAACCAAUUUAUCAUGAAAUAAAAGAAACUGCACUAUAUAAUUCUUUUAAAAACUACAAAAUAAUGGCCAAAGGAAAUGAACUAAUUCAAUUUAUAAUAGACCAUGAUGAACUCCACGUCCAUUCUGUAGAUGUAAAGAAGAUAGACUUACCGUCAUUGUAUAAAGUACGCACUAAGAGCGUUUUAAAAAGAAAGAUUGUAGCAAUGGGUUAUGUAGAUUUAACUGAUACAUUUUUUCUUGUUCAACACAUUAUAAACAACUUUAAAAAGCUAACCAUCAACGACCUUUGCUUUUAUCUCGAUAUGUUAUCAAGUAAAAUAGAAAGCAUCAAUUUAAGAGAUCCACCCAUUGAUAGAGAAAUCAACGAAUCAAUAUUAGAAAUGUCUCAAAGUGGUAUCGAUGAAAAAGAACAAAGAGAAAUUGAAAAGUGUUUAAAACACAAGAUUAUGAAGAUUGUAAAAAAUGAUUUUUUAUAUUUAGAAUACCUAAAGCAAUACGAUUUCAAUGACCUAGAUAAAAUUAUAGAUAUACCAAGUAGACUUUUAUAUCAACAUACAUUUCAAGCCCUCAGUCUUAAAGGUCUCAAUUACUUAAUUCAUUUAGGAAUAGAGUUUUAUGUUCCUUCGUUUCCCAUGUUAAGUAGUUGUAAAAGCAAAGACCCAAUUGAAAUUUACAGUUUUAUCAAAAAAUUUUUUUCACAAGACUUAAUCAAAUAUGAUGGUUGGCUCGUGGUUUCAAAAUUUUUAAUUCAAAAUUUUCCCAUUUCUCUUUUAGAAAAAGUAAUAUCUAUUAAAGAGUACCCAAUCCAAAAUUUUUUAAUUGAAAAUUUAAUAUUUAAGGAUUUUAAAAAAUAUGAAUGGUUUGUUGAAACAAUAUUAAAACCAUUUGGUUCAAAUAAAUUAAAAAAUGAAUACAACUUUUUUGCAAAUCAUCAAGUAUCAAAAAAUGAUUAUUACAGAGAACCAAAUAUAAAUACAAAGUUGUCCAUAACAACCAAAGAUGACAUCGAUUUUAUUUUCAGGUGCACAGUUCACAUAACUAAUAUUUUUUUUAUCAGAAAUAAAGAAUUUUAUAAUUUAAAAAAAGAUGGUUAUUCAAGUAUUUCAUUCGAUAAGAAGUUAAUUGGCGGAAAUGGAUUCUUUUCCAUCAUUAAAUCAUUAGAAGCAGCAAAAUAUUGUUCAAUUAAAUUCCCAUUUUUACCAAAGGAUUUAAUAUAUUAUAAUUUAAUAGUAAAAACAGUAUUAGAAUGUGAUAUCAACACCAUGAAAUUAAUCGACGAAGAAAAUGUUAUAAUUAAUUACUUUAAAGGAAUAUUUACACAGCCAUUACCAAAAGUAAUAGAAUUUUUUGAAUACCUUAAAGAAAGCAAAUUUAAAAGUUUUUCUAAAAAGUUUGGGUUUUAUCAUUUAGUUUAUCAACUAUUACAAUCAUAUCCAGAAGAACACGAGCUAUUGGAAAUUACUUCAAACUUAGACUAUAAUUCAAAUCCAAGGGGUUCAUUUAAUUUAUUUAUUACAUGCUGCUUCUCGAAUUCACAGUUAGAACAUGAACAGGAUAAGAUGUAUCUUUUAAGUGCGAGUGUUAUAUUGGACAAACUAAAUCUUUUAAAAGUAUUUCAAAAGAUCCCUCUAAGUAAUAUCAUGGAUGUCUUAUAUAGAAAUUUAUUAUUAGAAAAGUAUUCAGUUGACUAUAGAAAAGAUGAAUCUCAUUUCCAUUCAAUUUUUGCAAUUAUAGAAAUACUUUUAAAGAAAAUAGAACCAUCAGGUUUAGUUUACUUUCAUCCAUUAUUUCAGCAUCUUUAUAAUAUAUUGGUUCAAUGCGAUUUGGAAGAUUUGAAUCAGUUAGAAGAGAUCCAUCAACUUUAUCAUUUCCACUCAAUUCCAUUAGUAAUUGGCUUCUACCAUAUAUUCUUUUACCUGGACAUCAAAGCACAGAAUCUAGGUCGUUAUUAUCUUUUUAUAAGAGCUCAAAAUUUAGAAUGCGAAUGGUUUACCCAUGCAAACAACUAUAAUGGUGACGUUAUUCCAAAGUAUUUUGUCGAUAGCGAAAUCAGCUUCAAUUUUAUUAAAAAAAAUAGUUUUCAAGAUGUUUACUAUUUAUUAAGAAAUUUAGUAAUGCUAAAUCCAGAUUUUAGCAACGAAAAAAAAGUAGAAGAGUUAAUAGAUGACGAUAAAAGCUUUACCGAUGAAAAGGAGGAAGAAAUGAAAUUCAGUUUAAAUCAAGACAUAGAGUUUCUAAGUACCUAUUUACAAUUUCAUCUUAUAGUGAAAUUAUUGAAACAUUCUCAAGAAGUAAUCGAAAUAAAUUCAAAAACUUUAAAGGAAAGAACAAAGCAAUUUUUAAUUCAAACCAUCGAUACAAAAUCAUUGAAAAAGAUUUUAGAUUUAGAUAUUAAAUCUUUAGAAAAUAAACUAUUAGAAACUUCAUUUAAUGAAAGCAGGUUAGAUUUAAUCAAAAUAAUUAUGGAAAAUUAUAAAGUCAAACCAAUAAAAACAGAUAAAACAUUUUUGUUUAGAACUAACCAAUAUGAUAUUGUAGAGUUUAUGUUUAAAAACCAUAAAGAUAAAUUUGGCAAUUAUGACAAACAAUGGUUUGAAGCCGCUUUCGAAAAUGGGUUCAUCUCUUUGUGUCUGUUAAUAGAGGAACAUUUUCCAGAAGAAGAUAUCAUCCUAACCAUUGAUAACAUUGACAAUACAUUGGCAAACAAGAAUGUUCAUAUUAUCGAAUACUAUUAUUUAAAAUAUAGUUUUAUGGUCUAUUUAAAAGGAGAUAUCGAAAAAUUAUGUAAAUUUUACUAUCCUCUGGAUUAUAAAUAUUUUAAUUGGUUAAACAAUAAUUAG